GGUUUGCUCCCCCGGUGGUGGACUGGUGGCCUGCCCUCGCACGUCACAAACCGGCUGAUGGCAGAGCGAUCAAAAGUGGAAGCUAGCGAGCAAGAAAAGGAAACGCCUAGCUACUCAACUCCUCCACGAACACCUCUCGCUCCUCUAGCUAUCUCCAAGCAAUCCAUCUCCCUAGAUUCUAGCCCCUCUUCAGCUUGAAAUCAAGUGCAGCUCCCUCCAGCAUGCAGUGAGCCAAUGAUGAUAACCGCCGGUCAGUGAAGGAAGCCAAGCUGCCUCCUUCUCGUACAAGAGGCACAACACAUCAGGGUUGGAGCUUCUUCUUUAGUAGUUCCCAGCUCAGCCAUCGGCCACAAGUCUCCGGUCAGAGCUGGUUCAAGGCAAGGCCGAUCGAGCUUGCUGGCUGGCUGGGUGCAAGUGGAAUGGAGGAGCAGCUGAGCCCGCUGGCGGUGACGCACCUGCUGCAGCACACGCUGCGCAGCCUCUGCGGCCACGACGACGCGCAGUGGGUGUACGCCGUCUUCUGGCGGAUCCUCCCCAGGAACUACCCGCCCCCCAAAUGGGAUCUCCAGGGCGGCAUCUACGACCGGACCAGAGGGAACAGGAGGAACUGGAUCCUGGCAUGGGAGGAUGGGUUCUGCAACUUCGCGGCCUCUGCUUGUGACCACGAGGGCGCAGCUGCCCCUGCCGCCGCCGCCGCCUACACGGAGUGUGCCGCCGCGCAGGAGGCCAAGCAGGGCCUGCAGCCCGAGCUCUUCUUCAAGAUGUCCCACGACAUCUACAACUACGGCGAAGGGUUGAUAGGGAAAGUGGCAGCCGACCACAGCCACAAAUGGGUGUUCCAGGAGCUAGGCCCAGCAGCAGCAGGAGAACGAGAUCAACCUCGUCUCAUCCUGGAGCAACCCUGCCGAUUCUCAUCCGAGGACAUGGGAGGCGCAGUUCCAGUCUGGUAUCAAGACCAUUGCCCUCAUCGCCGUCAGAGAAGGCGUCGUGCAGCUUGGCUCCAUGAAGAAGGUGGCGGAGGACCUGAGCUACGUGGUGAUGCUGCGCCGGAAGUUCGGAUACCUGGAGAGCAUCCCGGGGGUGCUGCUGCCGCACCCGUCGUCGGCCGCGUUCCCGGCGGCCGGGUGCGCGGCCGUCAUCGGCGGCCCCGCGGACGCCGCCGCCGCCUGCGGCUGGCCGCCGGGGCUCGUGCCGACGCCGAUGGACCUCUACGACCCCUACGGCCAGGCAGCGGCGGCCGCCGCCGCCGCGGCGCAGAUGCACAUCGUGCCGUCGAUGAGCAGCCUGGAGGCGCUGCUGUCGAAGCUGCCCUCGGUCGACCCCGCAGCCGCCGGCAGCCUGGCGGCCACGAUGAUGGCCAAGGACGAGGCCGACGCCGCGGAGCGCGGCGAGUGCCACGGCGGCGCGGCCGACGUCGCCGCGGGGUGCGGUGGCGAGGGCACCAGCGUUGCCGCCGCCGCCGCCACUACUACUACUGCCGCCGCGGCGCCCUACUACAUCAACGUGGCCAAGCCCAGCGAGGGCUUCUAGUCCGUCCCCGUCCCCGUCUCCGUCUCUCAAGUUGGCGCGUGCAUGCGCCGAUCAGCUAGCUAGCUCAGCUGCGCGUAGGUGUCAGCUGGGCAGGCAGGCGUGGUAGUUGCGAUGUCUCUUUCCGGGAGAGCGCGCCGCAUCGCAUGAUUGCGCUACACGGAGCCAAUCAUGCGUUCGCGCUGUACGUGUCCCCGGAAGUAGCCGUACCUCGACGUACGUACGUACGUGUACCCGGUCGGUCGAUCAGAGCCGUCGCGAGAUCGAUCGACAGGGGUGGUCAGGAGAUUGAAUGUGUGUGUACGUGUUGUGUGUGAUGAUGCAGUGGUGCUCCAGCAGCACGUAAUUCGAAGCAAGGACAUGGCAAUGUCAUGCACCGCCACUGAUAUGAUGACCGUCCUAUGUUUUUGUUUU